GUUUGUACUUACGACCGAGAACACGCCUCUAAGAUGCAGCCUGACACCACUAGUGUAUUGUAGUGUUGUGCGCGCUUGGAAGACAUGGCGACUAUAUUAAAUUGGACCCACCUUGAAACGGAUGUAUUUAACAAGUGAUUUCCAUGAAACAAGCGAUCCAAGAUAUAAAGCGACCGGGAUGAUAUUCAACACUUAUCUUACUAAUGCGAGCAUUGUCCAUACACAAGGGAGAUGGCCAACUUUUACAUCACAUAUCUCAUGCUAGCUGCAUGUCUAGCUGCAUGUCUAGCUAUGGCUGCAGCUACGACACAAGAAAGAUGGGAGCUGUACAAAGAAAAACACAACAAAAACUACCCGGAACAUUUGGAGCGUAUCAAGAGAGAGAUCUGGAGAUCAAACGUGGAGCUUAUAGAAAAACAUAACGCGAGGUACGCUCGAGGGGUGUUGACUUACAAGGUAAACGAGAACAAGUUUGCUGAUGAGCUUGCAGCAAACCUCUAUGUGAACAGAGACUUCUACGAAGAAGAUGUGGAUUAUCCCUGUACUUACAUGUUCAAUAAAUCUUCCAAUAAGAAGCUUCCAAAAGUGGUAGACUGGCGCUCGAAAGGUUACGUCACACCCGUCAAAGAUCAAGGCGAGUGCGGAUCCUGCUGGGCUUUCUCGGCCGUGGGGUCAUUGGAAGGUCAAAAUUUCAAGGCCACUGGUAAACUAACGAGCUUGUCUGAAUCACAGCUGGUUGAUUGUUCAACAACAUCGGGCAAUGAUGGUUGUGAUGGCGGUAACGUGAUCCAAGCAUUUCAUUUUAUUAAAGAAGAUGGAGGAAUCGACUCGGCCGAAAACUACCCGUAUACACCUGAAGAAAACUUUUGCAAGUAUAUCAGGAAACCAGUUGCAGCCACAGUCAGGGGAUCCGUCUGUAUACCGCCCGGGGAUGAAGAUGCUCUGAAGGAAGCGGUUGCUACUAUUGGUCCAGUCAGUGUUACCAUAGACGCCGAUGAUUCAACCUUUGCCCUAUACGACGACGGUGUGUACUACACACCAAACUGCAGCUCAAACACAUUGACCCACGCCGUGCUAGUGGUUGGGUAUGGGUCAUUGAAAGGCCAGGAUUACUGGCUUGUGAAAAACAGUUACGGAACGACCUGGGGCAAGAGUGGAUUUAUGUUGAUGGCCAGGAAUAAGGGAAACCACUGCGGCAUCGCAUCAGCUGCCGUAUACCCACUGGUCGGCAACAAUGGCCAUCAAAGAAUGAUUGGAGGCGAUCUGUGUUUAAGUCUCUCUUUGUUGUUCCUUGUGGUCGUCAAACGUUUGUGUUAAAUUCAAGGGAGGUGGGGGGAAAUGUUGUCAAAAAUUACAACAAGCCGAGGAAAAUACUGAACAUUAUUGUUAAAGUAAGAUAUGAAUCCUUAUUACAAAUACCUUAAGUGCUGAACUCACGCUGUAAUAAGUGCUGUUAUGCUUGGAUCUACACAAUGAACGGACUUUUUCUUUUAUUAAAAAAAUAUCAUGCUUGUUUUGUCAUUAUUUGUAAUAAUCUAUUUCUUUUGAACAUUUUUUUCUUUAAGUUUUUUUAAAGGUUAGCAACUCCACUCGAUUUGCUUGGAACAAUAAUUGCAUAGUUAUCUGCCAUUUUAAUUUAAAUUAUGUGGAAAGUGGGGAUGGGUGAUAUUUUUAGAGGCUCGCAAAAAAUUGUUGCUUUAAUUAUUUUAAUUAAUUAAUUAUUUUUUUCUUCAAAAAUAUUUUUAAAAAUUGUAAAAAUACAUUUAAUCAUACAUCGUUUUUUUAGUGAGCUAUUGCAGUUGAUAAUUUCAUACACAUCUAUCUUUUGAAGAGAGUGGGGUUUUAAAAUUAAUUGUCCAUUAUAAUUGUCCAUCAACUACAUAGAAAAUGCUUCACUGUCCCAUUGACCCUCUCUGAAAAAUUUCCUCUCCCCUCCCCACCCAGACUUCUGACACUUUCAUUUGACCUUCACCCCUUUUACUGUCAUCCUUUGCAAUUUUUUUUUUAUAAUCAAAUAUAUGACAUCAUGUAAAUAUUCAUUAUGUACAUUUGCAAAACCUUUCGUUUUCAUUUGGUGUUCAAAAUUAUGUUAAAAAAUUUGAUGUUGAUGUACUUGUUUUAAUUGCAAAUAAAAGUAUUUAAAAAAAAAAAAAAAAAAAAAAAUAAUUGUCCAUCAAAUAAACAGUGGAAUUCAAGAAAAUAUAUUUAAUUUUCCAAUGUACUAUUAUACCGUGAAGUAGAGUUUAGCUGUUUAUGUGGCCUGGGCAAAUGAAUGGAUAGAAUGGUCAGCAAUAUACCCACGCGAAUUUAUUUUUCCCAACUGUAAUUCAAGUACCCAU